GUUUGCUUCACUCAUCCAGCGAUGGCUCUGUACAAACUGGUGACAGCGCUGGUGCUGAUGCACAACACGAGAGGUUUGUUGGGGGCGGAGGUCAGGAGCAACAUCAUCGGGGGACAUAAUGCUCCAAAAGGCGGCUGGCCCUGGAUGGUUUACCUCAACUUCACAUCAGAUGGCAUCAACAGUUGGCGCUGUGGUGGCACCAUCCUCAACAAUCAGUGGGUGUUGACAGCUGCCAACUGCUGGAACAGAAGCCCCGCCCCUAACGUCAGGCGCUCCAUGGCGUGGGUGGGGUCCCACAGCCUGCAGGAGGCGUCUGUGCGUUACAUGGGCAUAGAAACCGUUGUCACACCUCGUGAUUUCAGGGCCCUCAACACUGGGUUCCUCAACGACCUGGCCAUGGUCAAACUGAAGAAGAAGCUGACCUUCACCAACCUGGUGGACAGCGUCAGUCUGCCCCCCACUGAUGUCAAGUUUGAUCCAUCAUCUGAGUGUUGGAUCACUGGGUGGGGCUACAUUGGACCUAAUGUUCCACUGCCUGGUAAAGAAACCCUCCAGGAGCUGCAGGUGAACAUCAUCGAUGACGCUGUGUGUAAGCAGCAGUAUCCAGAGAUGACUGAGAGGAUGAUGUGUGCUGGAGACAUGAAAGGAGGGAAAGACGCCUGCAAUGGGGAUUAUGGGGGUCCGCUGGUGUGCCGUACAGCUACUGGGAUUGUGCAGGUGGGCAUCAUGAGUUAUGGGAGUUGUGGUCUGAGUGGCCGCCCCGGGGUCUACACCAAAGUGUCCAAAUACCUGGAUUUCAUCAAGCACUAUAUGCAGCAGUAGGAUUCUGCAGACGUCUAAACCAGAGGCAGAAGCAGCAGCAUUAGCGCUCACUCUGCCUCCUAUUUACCACCAUCACUCUGUAGAAUCAUGUUGACAUGUGUGCCCAUUUCACUUCACUUAAGUUCAAUUCUUUGCAUUAAAUCUCUGAAGCAUCAA